GUGGCGUGCCGACCUACCCGGCCCGCACUACGGGGAUGACCCGGGUGGUUGGCGGGGAGGACGCCGCUCCGCACAGCUGGCCGUGGCAGGUUUCCCUGCAGACAGCGGACAACGCCCACUACUGCGGCGGCGUGCUGGUUCACGAAGACUGGGUACUGACAGCGGGGCACUGCCUGAGAUCAGACUUUGAGACCCACAAGGUUAUCCUGGGCGAACACGACCGUACCGGAGACACCGAGGCCGUCCAGGAACGCGAGAUUGAGUACGCGUUUCGUCACGAGCUGUACGACUUCCAGACUAUCCAAAAUGACGUCAUGCUGCUGAAGCUGCGCACGUCGGCCGUCCUUGGUGACACGGUGAGCGCCGUGUGUCUGCCGGAGCAGGGAGAGACCCCUAGCGGACCGUGCUGGAUUACAGGCUGGGGGCUGAACGGGACCAACGCAGGCGACGGCCUAGCAGUCGUGCUGCAGCAGGCGGAACUGUCUCUGAUCAGUGACGGGGACUGCGGCAGCCUGUGGGGACCGGUCUUCAACCCGGCCUGUAUGAUCUGUGCUGGCGCCGCGGACAAGGGCGGAUGCAUGGGUGACUCUGGCGGCCCGCUCGUGUGCGAGAACUCGGCCGGUGGGUAUGACGUCAUCGGCCUGGUGUCGUUUGGGGAGCGUACGUGCGACCCUUUCUACCCGACAGGCUUCGCGCGCGUGGCGGCCUUCCGUGAUUGGAUAGAACAGAUCAUGACGCUCAACUGAAAUCGUCUGCGGCUUCCUCAUUGGUUGAAUCUCAACCUCCUUCAUGAAGCCUUAGUCCAAUAUCUUUUCUAUUGACCAAUCAUCAGUGUUUUAACAAUAUAGCACCCAGUGUCAUUUAUUCAAUAAAGCUUAUGAGCAAAUUAACCGAAACAGAGUCCGUCUCGUCCUUGACAAGCACACACCCAA